GAUACAUAAAAUCAACACCAACACUAUUGUGUCCAAGCUAAACCACUUCUUUACUACCUUCGGGAUUCCUCAAACCAUUCAGAGUGACCGAGGAACUAAUUUCACUAGCGUUCUCUUCACAGAGGUGUCAAAAGAGCUUGGUAUCGCACAAACCUUGUCUUCUGCCUAUCACCCGCAGUCACAGGGCGCUCUAGAAAGAUUUCAUCAGACACUGAAAGGACUUCUACGCAAAUUCUGUCACGAGCAGGAGAGCGAAUGGGAUGACGCACUCCCCUACAUGCUUUUUGCCAUCAGGGAAGCACCUAACGAGAGUACAGGAGUUUCCCCAUUCGAGCUCCUGUUCGUUAGGAAAGUGCGGGGACCAUUAAGGAAUAUUAAAGACAAAUUGUUAGAUUCCACUACCCACAAACUUGUCUCUGUAACUAAAUACUUGAACAACCUUAAAGCCACACUCACUAAAGUUCGCACCUUUGCUGAUAACAACUUACACAAAUCUCAAAAUACCAUGAAGAAACACUUUGAUCAGAAGGCCAGAGUUAGAGUAUUUGAUAGAGGUGAUCAAGUCCUUGCAUUCAUACCCACACCUAAACACCCAUUACAAGUAAAGUAUCAUGGACCCUAUGAGGUAGUGGAAAAGCUAGGAGAUAACAACUACAUCAUAAACACUCCAGACCGCCGAAAGGCAACACAGUUAAUACACGUUAAUCUCCUAAAAAUGUAUAAAUGUAUAACCCCUGUGACUGGCGCCCAACCAACCCCUAGAGUAGCUUCCUGUGGUAUCAUUGAACCCCAGGAGGCUGACUCAGAGUUAAAACCUGCCUCUGUGUGUUCAUUGAUGUAUGAUAAAUGUAUUACCACUGAGAUUGACACAAACACCAUACAUCCCAAGGACACGCAAAACAACACCUACAUUAUCCAACACUUAGAUGAUCAGCUCCGUCAUCUUUCAUCCUCUCGAGCACUGGAUAUCUCAAGAUUGAUCUCUCAGUAUGACGUGUUCGGUGACCAUCCUAAAAUCUGUAAUGUCCUCCGCCAUGAUGUGAAGGUGCUUCCAGGGACCUUCCCUAUCAAGCAGUCUCCCUACAGAGUCAACCCCCGGAAACGAGAACAGAUGCAGAAGGAGGUCCAGUACUUAUUAGAGCAGGGCUUGGCUAUACCCAGCAGCUCCCCAUGGGCAUCACCCUGCCUCCUAGUACCCAAGGAGGACGGACAACUGCGAUUCUGCACGGAUUACCGACGGGUCAACGCCGUCACCAUUCCUGACGCCUAUCCUCUGCCUCGGGUAGACGACCUGAUAGAUGAAAUCCAGAAUGUGCUCAGCCGUCUGCAGGAAGCGAACCUCACCGUGAAGCUGGUGAAGUCUACGUUCGGAGCUGCCACCGUCUCCUACCUAGGACAUCAGAUUGGACAAGGCUCCGUCCGGCCCAAGACCGCUAACGUCGACGCAGUACUGAAGUACCCAACUCCCACUACUCGACGCGAGCUCCGCCACUUCCUGGGCAUGGCGGGGUUCUACCAGCGUUUCUGUCCAAACUUCGCAGACGCAGCUGGGCCACUUACUAGACUAACUAGUGGGAAUGUGGCGUACGAAUGGACCCCUGCCUGCCAACGUGCCUUCAAUCAACUUAAGAACUUGCUUGCUCGGGAACCGGUUUUGCGUGCGGCCGACUUCAGUAAACCCUUCACCAUACAUACUGACGCCAGUGAUCACGCUUCGGGUGCCGCCCUCCUGCAAGAAUCUGACGGAAUCUUUCACCCAGUCGCCUACCACUCCGAGAAGUUCAACAUCCAUCAGAAGAAUUACAGCACCAUCGAGAAAGAACUUUUAGCCAUUAUCUCUGCUAUCAAGAAGUUUGAGUACUAUCUUCAGUCCAACACCCAGCCACUCCAAAUCUACACUGACCACAACCCUUUGACUUUUCUCAACAGGAACCGCUUCACUAACCAACGUCUGCUACGGUGGUCUCUACAGCUCCAGCCUUACCACAUUGAAAUGCACCAUAUUAAGGGACUGGACAACUGCCUUGCUGACACUUUGUCUCGCCUUCCCACUACGCCUCGCAUCACUACCUGUCGCGACCCUGAGGACCCUAGGAUCCUGUUGCCAGGGAUGCAGUCGUGCCUUGUGAACCGGUCGAUGGAGGCAGCUGAGGGCCGAGCACUGCCAGAAGAACCAUCUACCGGGCCCCAGACUACACACGUUCUGGUGGAAUCAACCUUCACGGGACAGGAACCACCUCACUUCUCUAAUGACGCAGAGUCAUUCCUUCUGCGUCAUCCUAAGAAGGGGGGAAUGUCACACACGUGACUACUCUACCACGGAACCAGGUGCCUGCCUCUCAACUCGUGGCGCUGCCACGUGUAUAACUUGAGGCAUACUGGAUACGUGACCUCUAGCAGGCUACCAAGCCGAUAACGAGGGGUGGAGUUCCAUCGAGCUUCAGUCUCCUCCUAGGGUCGCUACAGCUCUGAGGUCGCCUUGGCAUACGCUGGGAGCCUCAUAUACACUCGAGAGCGGUGGUAAGAGUUACACCAGUGUUACACACCCACACACACACACAUAAACACACACACACACACACAAACACAUUUAUA